AUGGGGAGUAUCCCUGAUCAAAUUUAUCUGCUGGAUCGAGAUGAGGCCGAGACUAAACGCCUCAAUAACCAGCAUCGCUUUCUCGUUGAUCUAUCCAACCUCAUUCACCCAUCUAUUCCAAGAGAUAUAACAUCUGUCGCCGAUUUAGGCACUGGCACAGGCAUCUGGCUUGAAGAUGUCGCCGACCUGCUUCCCAACAAAUCAGUCUACCUCCACGGCUUUGACAUCUCAUCCGCACAAUACCCACGAGGCCACGAGAUCCUACGACCUGGCCAAACUCCAAUCCCACUAAGCGUCCACGACGCACUUCAUCCAUUCCCAGCAGAGCACUGUGGUCGAUAUGACCUCGUGCACAUCCGACUCCUAACAGCAGGUCUAAAGCAAGGCGAUUACGCACGAGUCCUUGCCAAUGCGCGAGCAUUACUAAAACCGAACGGCUGGAUCCAAUGGGAAGAAGUUGACCACACGGCCUUCUGCACAGAUGCAGUCCCAGAGCCAUCAGCGAUAACCCGGCUGCGGGAAUCCGUGAUCGAAGCGAUGCUGAAACUAGGUCUAUGGCCAUUCGCUCCAAAGCGUGUGUACGAAGAGAUCUCAGCGAACGGGUUCACCGACGUUGUCCGUGAGAUUUACACUACUGAGGGGAGGGAGCAUAUGCGGCCUAUCGCACAGAAAUGGGUCGCUGGUGUGAUGCGUGCACUGGUGCCACCUUCAAUGGUUGUUACUGGUCAGGCUGAGGAUGCCGACCAGGCACGUGUGAUUGUUGAAGGGCUGGUGCGCGAGUUUGAGGCUCAUUGUGAGUCUGCGACGGCGCUAGUUAACUUUGGGGUUACGGUUGGUCGGAGGGUGGAUUAA